AUAUACACAUAUUUUAAAUAGGACAGACUUAGGAAACAGGGCACUGGCCUUGGGACUUCCACGGCCUGGAAUCUUCUGCCGUCCCGCCGUCCCUCCCACCCCGGUGGCGGCGGUGGGUGUCCCAGUCGCCUUUGAUUCCUUCCCCAGUCUUCCCCUCAGAUCUGCGAUCCUUAUCCCUCCCGGUUCCCCGUCCUCUCCUCGGCCCCAGUCGAGGAGACGCCGCUGCGGCUCUCGACUCCUGUUGCAAUAAUUUUGUAGGCGAGAAUUGGGAGAGUCUGGAGGCUGCCAGCCGGUCUAGUGGCUCGGCCAAGGCGAGCGGUGGUCCCAGCGCCGUUCUUUCCGCCUGGUGCCGGAGUUUCAGUCUUCAAGGCUGUGCUCGGAGUUUCUGUGUUCUAGGGGCCGGGAGGUGUGUGCUGGUGUGAAUUUGGCUUUCUUUUGAUCCAAUUGGUGCUUAAUUUCAGCCUGUCGAAAGAGGCUUCUAGCUUGCAGGUUCAUCGCCGUUGGCGCCGAACUUGCCUGCCGUACAGUCUUUCUAGUGCCAAAGUUGAAUUUUGAGGAACUGUGAAGCCGCUUUAAGCAAUUACCUUUGCCGAACUUUCCUCUAAAGGCUUGACCUUUUGGGUUCCGGAGUUCAUUGCUGAUCGACGGGUCUUGGAGUUUUUGUCUACUACCUGCGUUAUGAACAGGACAUUUCUGCAUAAGAAAAGUUGUCUCCUGUGCAGAUAGCCAGAUACUCCUGCUUUGCUAGUAUAUCAAAUUGCUUCUUGUGUUUGAACAAAGAUUCUGUUCAGCUAGAAGACAGUGCUCUCCUUUAUAUCCUGUCUGUAGCUCAAUACAGUGCUCCAAAUCCAUUUCGGCGUACUAGGUGUGGAUAAGGAUCCUUGCCUCGACGAGUGGAGCAAAGCCAUGGAUGUGCCUACGCCUCCCAACCGUGCCGGCUGCAACAGUAACAUCGGCAGCCCCAUGCAAUCUUUUGAUGAUCCCUUUGGUGUUGCUGCCAUGACGAGCUUUGAUGGAUACUCGGAGCUCUGCAGCCCAUCAGUUGCUGAUCACAUAUUCUCCCUGCUGAAUGAUCCCUCCGCUGCGCAACAGAUGGUUGCCAUGUGGUCAUCCUUGGGCUCAUCUCCGCGUGCUUCAGCUGUGAGAGAAGACAUGUCGUUUGACACCUUUCCUGGGCCUGUGGACGGGACAUCGUCACUUGCUCAAAGGUUCAACUCAGCAGCAGCAUCGAGUCCAACUGGAGUCGACAGAGGGCUAAAAGAGUCAGAUGGGCUUGUUCUUCCAAGUAAUGGCUCACAGCAAGGGAGUAGCAUCAUUCCGAGGUCUGUUGGCAACGCUCUUGCAGACAGGAUGCUCAUGGCGCUAUCUUUGUUCAGGAAGUCAUUGAGUGAUGGUGUUCUUGCCCAAGUCUGGAUGCCUGUUGAGCACAAUGGUCGUGUCGUGUUGAGUACAUCUGAGCAGCCCUAUUUACUUGACCAGGAUCUUGCAGGUUACAGAGAAGUUUCUAGAAAUUUCCUGUUUUCAGUUAAGGAGGAGCCUGGUCUGCACCUAGGGCUUCCAGGGAGGGUCUUCAUAUCCGGGGUGCCAGAGUGGACGUCAAGUGUUAUCUAUUACAGUAAGCCAGAGUAUUUGAGAAUGGAGCAUGCUCUUCUUCAUGAAAUACAAGGGUCACUUGCUAUGCCAGUUUACGAUCCCAGCAAGGGCUCUUGUUGUGCAGUUCUUGAACUUGUCACAAACAAGGAGAAACCUAAUUUUGAUGCAGAGAUGGACAUUGUUUGCGAUGCCUUGCAGGCUGUGAACUUGCAGACAACAACAGAUCGCAGCAAUCAGAAGGUUUACUCUGAAAAUCAGAAAUCUGCUUUUACUGAGAUAUUGGAUGUUCUAAGAGCUAUUUGUCAUGCACACAUGCUUCCUUUGGCCCUUACAUGGGUCCCUACAUCAAAUGGCAUCGCUAAUGGUUUUUGUGUUGGAAAGAAUAUUGGGAUAGAUCCGCAACCAGGAAAAGCAGCACUUCGUAUCCAUGAAUCAGCUUGCUAUGUUAAUGAUGCAAAGAUGCAGGGGUUUCUUCAUGCAUGUGCUGAUCGUCAUCUUGAGAAGGGGCAGGGUAUUGCAGGCCGAGCCCUUAAAUCGAAUCUGCCAUUCUUCUCACCUGAUAUAAGAGAGUACAGUAUCGAAGACUACCCGCUUGCACACCAUGCUCGUAAGUUUGGUCUGCACGCUGCUGUAGCCAUACGGCUGAGGAGUACGUACACCAGUUACGAUGACUACAUACUAGAAUUCUUUCUCCCAGUCAACUGCAAGGGCUGUGGAGAGCAGCAGAUGUUAUUAAACAACCUUUCCAGCACAAUGCAAAGAAUAUGCAAAAGCUUGCGAACAGUCUCUGAGGCAGAGAUUGAAAAUGUUAGUGCUACUGCAGCAAUGUUUGAGAAGACUAGUGGAACUUGUUUACCAACUGGUAACUCUGAAAGUUCCUCACAUGAUGACCAGCCAAUCACAGAAUCUGCACUCCAGGAUCUAUCUUUGGGUGACAAACAAGGAGACAGAGAACCUGACAAGCCACAGAGAAGCUCAAUGCGAGUUGCAGAUAAAAAGCGCAGUGCAUCUGAAAAGAACUUUAGUCUGGAUGUUCUUCGCAAAUACUUCUCUGGGAGCCUGAGGGAUGCUGCAAUGAGCCUUGGUGUUUGUCCAACGACAUUGAAACGAAUAUGCAGACAACAUGGAAUUUCCCGAUGGCCAUCUCGAAAGAUAAACAAGGUCAAUCGUUCAUUGAAGAAGAUAGAGAAGGUCAUUAAAUCAGUUCACGGUGUGGAUAGAUCCUUGCAGUACGAUCCUGCUACUGGGUCUCUUGUUCCUGCAACCUCUCUUCCGGAAAAGAUGCCAUUCUCUGCUUGCGAUACAUUGCCUACUUCAUCUCUUGGGAGAGCAGUGGAGGAAACAUGUAGCCCAAAAUCAGAACAAGAUUUCUCUUCGCCUGAUGGGUGGCAAAGAGAAACUAGCCAAUUUCAUGUUUCUGGUAUACCUAAAAGGGGAGGCGAUGAAGUUCGGACGUUGGCAAACAACAACAAAGGCAGAAGAAACUAUGUUUCUGGUAUUGCAAAUAUCACACAGCAUUCAAACUCUGAAGGCACACAUGGUCCUUCAUAUCCCAAUCCCAUUGGUGCUGUUAAUUCUCUGCAUACUGGAGAAACAGGCAACAUCGAUUCUCUGACCUCCCUCCACCCAAGCAUGGAUGGCAUUGAAGGCCAAACAACAGUAAGGAACUCACCAUUUGUGCAACAAGCAGAUGUCACUAUGGUCGAUGGUCAUGACACCAAGGAGCAGACACUCCCUUCCACCUCUGGCAUGACCGAUUCUUCGAGCGGCAGCGCCUCAAGCGAGCCUACUUUCAAGGGGAACCCAGGACGUGCCCUCAAAGACCGAAGCAGCCCUGCACUGACCGUGAAAGCUACCUACAAUGGCGACACCGUCCGGUUCAAGUUUGUGCCAGCAAGGGGCUGGUACCACUUGCUGGAAGAGAUAGCAAAGAGGUUCAAGCUGACGGCUGGAGCAUUCCAGCUCAAAUACAAGGACGAUGAGGACGAGUGGGUGAUCCUGGCGAACGAUGCCGACCUCCAGGAGUGCAUGGACGUCCUGGACUCGAUCAGCUCACGCAACAUGAAGCUGCAGGUGCGCGACCUCUCCUGCCACGUGGGCAGCUCGGGCAGCAGCAGCAGCUGCUUGCAGGUGGAAGCGCAUAGCUCGUGACAGAACAGAAGCCUAGGUUACCGCCCUUAGCCUGUUGUAGUAGGCCCAGUAUCCUGUUGUCGCCAUAGAGGUUCCUUGUCCAUGUUCACGCCAUGUUGUCGUAUGGAAUGUACAAAUGGCGAGUGUAGAAAAGGAAUAAAGUGUCAUACUCUUCGCACGGUUGAAACACGAAACGAUGCCGUGAAGGUUUUUGUCAUAAUCUGUUGUUGGUUUCAAAAGUCCUGGC